AAGCCAAAUAAAAAUCAAUAUAAUAAAACCCUCCCAACACCACCGCCGGCGCUUCAUUAGUCGCCGUGCACCGCCACCUUCAUGUCCUCCGACCCAACAAUGAAAUGAAUCCACUAUCAACCUUCAGAUACAGAAUCUUCCAAUCAACAACAACUCCAUUCUCACCCUUUUUCCUCUUCAAUCAAAAACGAUGGAAAAAACCCGUUAUUUCAGCGCAAACUCGUUUAGAAGACCGAGUAAGAGACCCACACUUCGACAAACUAACAACCCAUUUCAAAAAACUCAACGUUGUCCUCAAAAUCCACACCCUCAUGUCAAAUCGAAAACGCGGUUCUUUCGUUUCGCUUCAGCUCAUGUCCCGUUGGAGAAACAUCCUCGGACUCAAUGUCACUGUCACUUGCUUUCUUCAAAAAUACCCUCAUGUUUUUGACCUCUUUCUUCACCCUUUUAGGAGGAACAUGUGUUGUAGGAUCACGAGGAAGAUGAAGGAGUUGAUAUUGCUGGAAGAGGUUGUUGCGAAAAGGUGCGAGCUUGAGACUGUGAUGAGGUUGAAGAAGUUGCUUAUGAUGUCGUUGAAUGGUACUCUUCAUGUGCAUGCUUUGAGGUUGAUGAGAAGAGAAUUGGGUCUUCCUUGUGAUUUUAGAGACUCCAUUCUUGGGAAGUAUUGUGAUGAGUUUAGGUUGGUUGAUUUGGAGAUUGUGGCAUUGGUUGGUUGGGACGAUGAAUUGGGAAUGGCUUGUGUUGAGGAAUGGAGGGAGAGAGAGUAUAGAGAGAAAUGGUUGAGUGAAUUUGAGACCAAGUUUGCUUUUCCUAUGAAUUUCCCAACUGGGUUUAAGAUUGAAAGAGGGUUUAGGGAAAAGUUGAAGACUUGGCAAAGGCUUUCUUAUACGAAGCCUUAUGAGAGGAAAGAUGUAAAAUGUGGCAGAGCGCAACGCUAUGAGAAGAGGGCGGUUGCUGUUCUUCAUGAGCUGUUGAGUUUGACUGUGGAGAAAAUGGUUGAGGUUGAUCAGUUGGCUCAUUUUCGAAGGGAUUUUGCUAUUGAAGUUAAUAUGCGCGAGCUAUUGCUUAGGCAUCCGGGGAUAUUUUACAUAUCGACGAAGGGAAACGCUCAAACUGUUUUUCUUAGGGAGGCUUAUGAGAAAGGAGGGUUGCUUGAGCCUAAUCCGGUGUAUGAAACUCGUAGGAAUAUGUUGGAGCUUGUGUUAUUAGGACGCAUGAAAACCAAACAGUUAUUAGCUUCUAAUGAAUUUAAAGAAGAGAGCAACACUGUCGUUUGUAAAGUAGAUGGAGGUAAAAGAGAAGGAGAUUGGGCGAUUCAAUUCUUGGAGGGUUGCGAGAAGAAUUGAUCCUCGUGAAAUUCUGACGGUAGCAGAAACUACAUAUCUGGAGAGUUUGCUAAAUAGUGUUUUGCUUGUGACCAUAACAAGUGCUAUCUCUUCAACUAGCUCUCAUCAAUAGAAAAAGCCCAGAAUUAAACCAAGUAAGGAUACAAGUAGGUAGUUUCAUUUUCCUAUUGAUUGGUUCAAAGCAUAGCCAUGUGAUGCUGAAAGAUUAAAGAAUAUGUGCUUGCAUUCAGCGGUUCAAGAUUCCAUCCUUUUUAAGAAAUGGAGCUUGGUUGCCUUGUUAUCUUUUAAUUUGCUCUUAGCUUUCAGCAAAAGUGUUCCUAUUUGCUUUGUUUGCAUAGUUGGGUCUUCCAAUUCUAUAUGUAACUAUUCUUCUUCUUACCUGUAGUAUGGUUAGUUGGUCAAUAAUAUUCUUUUUGAUGGAAGGAAAAUUCACCUUUGCUAGAUUUCUAUAUUAGUGAUCAGAUAAUACUUUGAUGUUUUCACUACAUAAUCACUUUCAUAUGACAAAAUCAGAUCAGUAUUUUAGAAAACAACAACCUUAUUCUUGAUUGAAACCGGUGCAGGUCUGUGCACAAUUCUCGGUUGGAUAUUUGCCUAUCUUUCAUUUCAUAAUCCUUUUGUUAUCUGGUUGUUGUCUGCUCCCAAAUCACAAAAUUCCAAUUGCACUGUAGACCGCAAGGAGACUCCUAACUCAAGAACUAAGCCCACUCCGCACGGCGAUUCCUUCUACGAUUUUGGUUGCCUCGCUCUUUGUUUAUCCCAAAUCACUCCCCAUUUCUUCCCAAUAUUCUUCGCGCAUCAUCUCUCCUCUUUGUUUAUCAUUUUUCAAUGUCUCUCCCAAAUAGUACAAAGCCGUUGAGGAAGAAAUCAAGUGAUUGCUGCUGCCAAUUUGUCUUUCGCAGAUUGACGAGCUCGCGCAAAGGGAGAUUAUGAAUCACAGAUCCUUGAGCAUCCAAAUAUCAUUUGAUUUUAAAGAGAUAUGACUGACAUGUAUAAUACAAUGAUAACCAUGAAAUGAAGAGAAAAGCUGCAGCGUACAACAAUAAAGCAAGCUCCGCCAGUAUUCAGUCUUCAAAGAAGCCUACCGAAAAUCCUAAAGCAGUUGCAAAAUUUGAGUGGCAAGCAAAAGUGAAUUCUCCUGUUGUUGAGGAUGCAAUUGAUAACUUCACUAGACAUCUGGUUUAAGAAUGGAUAACAGAUCUUUGGUACUCUAGCUUAACACUGGACAAAGAGGCUCCCGAGGAGUUGGUGCAACUGUGUACUUGGUGAAAUUUCGGGACGCAUGCGAAAUAUAAAUCUGAUUGAUUUUUUGCGAAGGGAUCUUGUUAAUCACAUUAGCACUCAUUUGGAGCUGUAUCGUGCUGCUAUCUCCAAGAUUGAAAAACAACAAACAGGUUCAUUAACAAUUGAAAGUCGAGAUACAGAACUAAAAAUUGUGUUGGCUGCAGAAAACAAAUUGCAUACUGCUUUAUUCUCUUCUGGAUACAGCAGUCAAUUCACUAAAUGCAUCCUUUCAUACAGACAAAAAUGGCUCAACUCGCUCUUCAGUUACCGCGUAUAAAGAUGAUGAGCACAACCACAUUAAUAUGCAUACUGAGUGAAUCAGAGAGCAAUACUUCAUAUACUUCUGAAGAUGAUGAAACUAGUAAUGUUACAGGUCUCAAUUCCCCUGGAACUAAGGUUUGGGAUGGAAGAAAUAACAGAAACCAGACUGUUUCUUAUGUUCAUCACCCACUUGAAAUUUUUGAUAACCACAGUACAAAGAAAAGGAAUAAGAACCUUCCCGCUACCUGAGAUCAUUCAGAACUUAAUCUGGCAGUAAAAGGUCUAGAUCAACCGAUCACAAGACACAAAUGUGGCAGGAAGUUGAGAGAUCAAGUUUUUUAUCUAGUGAUGGUCAAGGCAUACUCGGCUCUUCAAAAUCACAUGUGAAUUCUGACGAGUCCUCCCAUGAGAUCGAUUUUGAAAGUUUGGGUAGAAUUUAUAGUGGAGCAGCUGCCAUCUUCUUCAUCCUCUAUAUCUGAACAAGAAUCUUGUAGUUUGGCUGUUAAUCCUCUGUUAAGUUCUUCUUCUUCUUCAGUAG